AUGUCUGUGUACGUCAUAACCGGCAUCUCCAAAGGCAUUGGCUUUGAAAUCGCCAGACAGGCCUCUGAAGACGCGCAGAACCUCGUCAUCGGUAUUGUGCGCGACAAGGCUGCAACGGAAAAGAAGGUCGCUGCUGAAAUGCCCGGCCGCACCAAUAUCCACGUCCUCCACGGCGAUCUCACCGAAUACGCCAGCCUCAAGCAAGCUGCAGCCGACACGGCUACUAUUGUUGGUGACCGUGGCGUUGACUACUUGAUUGCAAACGGCGCCUUCGUAUCUCAUAUGGAUGCAUACGACCCAAUCGGUGCACUGGCCGACAAGCCAUCCAAAGUCGACGACACGUUGAGCCAGCUCUUCCAGACAAACGUAACCGGCAAUCUCCACCUGUUCAAUCUCUUCAUGCCGCUCGUGAGAAAAGGCAGUGUGAAAAAGGUGAUUGCGAUUUCCAGUGGCCACGUCGAUCUCAGCCUCAUCAACGACAUGGGCGUCGAAAACAGUGCGCUGUACUCUGCGUCUAAGGCGGCUUUGAACGUCAUCGUGGCCAAGUUCAGCGCGCAGUACAAGGAAGACGGCGUGCUGAUUUUCAGCAUGAGUCCUGGUAUUGUGGAUGUAGGGCACUUCGAUCAUGUCACGCCAGAGCAGAUGGAGGGUAUGAAGAAAUUCAUGGAAAGGGUCGCACAGUAUGCGCCUCACUUCAAGGGCUUGACACCUGUGGAUGAGGCGGUUUGGGUUAUGAGAGGAACUUGGGAGAGGGCUAGUAUCGAGGGAGGGUUCGCUGGAUCCUUUGUAUCGCACAAUGGGGACCAACAGUGGAUAUAG